AAAAAGGCGCUUGAAGGGUCAACUUAUUCGAACAGGUUUUUAAAGGGCCAAUCGGAAACGGAUUUUUCGUGCCGACUUCCGUCAUGGUGCAUCCAGGGGGGCGAGGCUUGCUGGGCGGCUAGCCUUGCGUACGCUGCAUGCAUCAUCGUCGCCAAGGUCGCAUUUUUCGCGGCGAUGUCGCAAUUCGCGCGGUCGUACCUAAAGGGGAAAAGGACCGCGACUGUGACAGGCACGAAGUGAUGACCCCCAGCGCUGCAUUGUUCCCGAUGUUUACGAGGGGAUUUCGUCACACGUAGGAAGUGGACGAAUCGCCGACGGACUCUGUACGACGUUGGCGCAGCCGUUGCUAGCAUGGAAGUGGUCUACGAGGGCUGGCUGGUCAAGUCACCGCCGGAGAAGAGAAUUCGAAGAGCCAAAUGGCGGCGACGCUGGUUUGUGCUGCGGCCAUCCGGGCAGGUGCCCCAGCAGUACAUCCUGGAGUACUACACCGACCAGACAUACAGGAAGCUAAAGGGGGCCAUUGACCUCGACCAGUGCGAACAGGUUGACGCUGGGCUUGAGGUGGACACCAAGUCCAAGUUUGUCUUCGACAUCAAGACGACCAAGCGCACCUACUACCUGGUGGCCGAGACGGAGGACAUCAUGAACAAGUGGGUGGACUGCAUCUGCAAGGUUUGCGGGCUCAGGCAGCAGCCAGAGGAAGCUGUGACGGCCUUGGAAGUUGCAGAUCCUCCCGUCCCUGAACCGAAUGUCUCCGCGGAGAUGCCAGACCAACCACGGCCAGCAUCCAAAGUGGUGACUGAAACUCCACAGCCACCCGAACCGCAUCCACUGUUGGAGCCCCUCCUAGACCGAAGUAGUCCAAAAGACGACUCAAAUCCCUACAUCCCGAUCAGCGAGUGCAUCACGGGAAAGCCAGUUUCGAACGGAGCGCCUCCGACUCCAAACAGCCGCGCGUCUGCGACCAGGAGUUCCAGACUUGCCGACUUCUACGACGUUCCACGCUGCGGCACCGGUCGGACCUCUCCGGACCCGAUCAUGGACGCCAUGUGCCGCGUUCCGCGACCACCGGACCGACCAACACGCGAUGCAACCGGAGGAUCGGUCCGACUAGAUGCUGUUCCACCGCCGACGGUCAAUUGGAGCACGUACCCGAAGGACUCGUCUGCUCCCGGAGCCAACGGACAAGCGCAAGACUAUGAUCCGGUGCCCCCGCUGCGGCCAACGAGCAGCGGAAGCCACACAGAUCCGACGGCGGCCGCGCCGAGUGUCUACAACGGAGACACCCUCGGACGCGCCGGACUCACGAUCCGCAAGGCGGGACUAGCAGGGAUCGCUCCACCACGACCUCCGAAGGCCUGGAACGGCGCGGAAGAAGGUUACGACCGCGUUCCGCCAGCGAGACCGACUUCCGUGGAUGCAGAUGUCACGGAGACGGACGGUAUCCCGCCGAGGCCGCCCAAGCCGGCCAACAUCCGCGUGCGGCCGUCAACGGGCGGCUACGAUGCCUACGACGUUCCUCCGUCGCUCCAGCGGUCGUCGCAGGACGCGUACGACGUGCCACCCCCGCCGCAGGUGCGGCCAGCCUCACACGAUGGGUACAGCGUUCCGCCGUGCCCCCAGCCAGUGCUGCGGAAUGACGGGUACGACGUGCCAAAUCCCGCGUCAGCGGCACGCACGUCAUACGACGCAUACGACGUGCCAAGGCCCUCUGCAGAGGCGCCUUCGCCUUCGGCUAGGGUCGCGCCGGCGCUCCCACAUCCGCCGCGGAACUCUCUCGACGAGGCGUACGACUUCCCCAAGUCGGCAGCAAGUCCAGACGUGCUCGUGCCGCUGUCCGCGACAGGGCAGCGCCCGCGGAUGCAUCAGUACUGCAAUGCACCGGUCGGGAUGUUCAGCAGCCGAGACAACAUCUUCAACUACGAGUAUCGGCCGUCGUUGAUGGAUGCAGUGCAGCGAGACGACGUGGACGCGCUGAUGCAGCAGCCAUUGUCGGCGCCGUACGCCAACAUCUCCACAAGUCCGAGCACGCCCAACUUGACGGCAGUGCCGCCGGCAAUCAACCGGGGCCUGAAGCCACGCAAGGCGUCUUCGGAUAACUCGACUUCGCUGCCAGUCUUUCCCUUGGCUCCACCUCCAGUCACAAGGAACUGCAAUCAAACCCACACCUCUUUCACACGUCCAAGACACAGGAGCAAGGGGGACCUGUUGGCUCCUGAAGAAGACAGUUGGUCGAAUGCCAGCAGCAGCCGACGGAAUUCCACCAACGAGGACCCGGUCACAAGGCAGACAGGAGGCGUGCCAAAGAAGAAAGGAGAGAUACAGUACCUGGACUUGGACUUGGACUCCGAGCCUGGUGGUCCGGCGCAGAGCCCACGGUCGCCUGAGCAGAAGGCGACAGGUUCCAACACGGUCUACAGGACCGUCGACUUCCUCAAGACCAAGGCGUUCAACCGGACGCGGCAAAACGUGGAAGAGUCUUAUCGCAGCCACAAGGACGGCGAACCGUGCAAGUGAGGAGGCCGAGAGGAACAAGCGAAGGGCUACAAACAGUUGUUGCCAGCACUGCUGCCAGCACAACACAUGUGCAGAAUGCUAAUUCGUUCUCUGCGUGAUCGCAAGGCCUGCAUCUGGUGUGGGCAAGUGCCAACUUGCCUGUAACACCGCGUCUGUCCGUAGUCGCGGACAGGGCGAGAAUGAUCGGGAGAAGUUCCCGGAGGCCGGGUAUCCGAAAGAGACGCCCUGCGGUCCUCAUCCUGUUAAUGCCUGUCGCGACACUUCGUUGCUGCGCCCCGUGGCAACUUCGCGUCGUUGGGGUAAUCGUCGGUCAGCUGGUAAAUCUUUGCGUUUUCCCAAAGAGCAUGUGAACAAGGAAAGGCGUUGUGGCUGCGGAUUUGUAGAUCGCGAUCGUUCGCGUCGAUCUGGUGUGGAUUUGGGCAGACGUUUGGUCGGUGCGCUUUUGUGCGGUUAGUACUUUUUGAAGAACGUCGGUCGGCAGUUGCACGCGCUUCGGCGUGCCCAUCCUUGUCGAAGCUUUGAAAUUGGCGGAAGCAGGAUUUGGAGCUUGUGAUGUCCAAUUCGGCAAUGCCGGCUUCCACGCCGAGCGCCGCGCUACAUUCACGCCUUUGGGAGAGUCGCAUAAAUUUCUACGACGGGUUUCGCUUUUUGACAUGAACCAAAAAGGCGCGGGCGUGCACGAACGGUGCGGUCACUUUCCGUCUGCCCCUUUCGCAUCGGUGCGCCGCAGCGCUCGCAGAACGUGAGAACGCUAGCAGUGCGAGUCCAAAACAAUUUCUCGUUAUGUUUGGGUGGAAAUCAAACAAAUGUUGAAGUGGGACAAGUUAUUCGAGGCUGGUUGGUCACUGAAAUGAACUGGCUACUGCACAAUGUAAUUACCAACUCCUGGCACGGGAGAAAGUUGACGUCAGUUUUGUCGAAUGAUUUUUGUGCGAUCAACGAAUUGGCUUGCGAUCCGCAACGCACCACAUCGGGAGUGGUGCAUGCUGUUUGUCCGAUUACUCAAAUGACAGGGGCACGAGUGUCCUUCAUGCAAUACGAGGUCUGUGGGAAUCCAAAGCUAGUGCUAAAAACACCAAUCAGAACAAGAAAGACUCAUUUUUGUCUUCGAAAGGAAAGUGCUAAUAAGGCCUUUUCUUUUGGUAUUUGAGCAACGAACAACAAGCUUUCAGAGGUGUUGUCGUUUUAGCGUCGAGCGUUGCGUAUGGAGGCAAGCUGCCGCGGAUGUAGCUUAACAGUUGCGCAACUUGCAUAAAAAUGUGUGCAACUCGUUUUACUUUGUGUUUAGUGCUCGAUCAAAGAUUAGCUGUAAUCAUGUGCAAACUGACUUUUCCCAAGUUUUGCCAUUGAUAGUGAGAAUGUACUAGAGCUUACAAGUCGGCAUAGAGCUCUGGGAAUGGCUGACAUCUUGUCGGUCAUCUUCCAAAACUAGCCGCGUCUAGGGCAAUAUGUAUUGGCUGUCGGUAAAGGUGCGUCAAGCAUCAUCGAAGCGUAACUUGGAGCAGCGAUUUAAUCGAACAAACGAAGAGCUCGUCGGCUCACCCCCUAGUUCAGGCCUCUACUUUCGAAAACUGUACAUACCAUGUUGACGUUUUAUAUCCUAUCGCUUCAUACAUAUAUUUACAAAGUGUUCACGUCUACCAGUUUCCGAUUUCCGAAGUCUGAAGGCUGCAAGUUUUCUCUGAAGCUUCGAAGAAAAGUGUACAUACCUUGUCAUAUUUUACAAAAGUGUUUAGUGUAUAUAACGUACGUGGGUGUCGUAACAAUGCCCGUUGAGACACCGAGUCACGGCACUUCGUUUAAAGCAUAUCGUGUUAUGAAUUGACGUUCGAUGUAUGUUGAUGUAUGAGCCCCAUUGCGGAAGUGUGUUUUAGAUGGUGGAGUAGCGCAGUUUGUAAGAUUUGUUGUUAAGAGUGUUGACGGACAUCGCCCAGGUACAAACAUUUAUUGUAUAAAGAAAAAGGAAAGCGCCUUCGACUGCCAAUAUAUUAGAUGUUUGGCACGAUGCGAAAGAAUGGCAACAACAACAUAAUGGUGCAUAUUUGUGUUUCGAGUGCUCAUUGACUUGGUGCCCUUUGAUCGCUUCUUCAUUCAAGCCGUCUUAGAUUUUGAUUUCGGCGGCCAUUUGCGACGCCUGGUUUGUGCUGCCGACUUCAGCGAGAGGUGCCUUAAAACGUAGCGGCUGUGCCGUGCCAUUCUGUGAGAAACUUUUAGAGUGCAAAUUGUCUUGUUUUGUUUUUCUGACUGUGUAUGUAAUAAAUACAAGUUUACAUCAUCGCA